AGUCACUCCUCCUUCACACAAUUACAGUUUUAAUUAGCCAUUUCAAUCUUCAUAUAUUUUAUUACUAAUUAAUUAUGAAUUCUUCUAAAUCUUCAACUCUUGUUCUCUUUUCCAUCAUCAAUAUGCUUUUCUUUGCAAUGGCAAAUGGUUGUUUUUUUUGUCCAAAACCUAACCCUAAUCCAAAUCCAUUCCCUUACCCAAACCCUAGUCCUUCCACUAAGAGUUGUCCAAGAGAUGCACUCAAAUUAGGAGUGUGUGCUAAUUUGCUUAAUGGACCAAUUGGUGCAGUGAUUGGGUCACCACCAGAACAUCCAUGUUGCUCUAUUUUAGAAGGGCUAGUUGAUCUUGAAGUUGCAGUUUGUCUUUGCACUGCCAUCAAAGCUAACAUUCUUGGAAUUGACAUUAAUAUUCCUAUUUCACUAAGUUUGAUCCUUAAUGCUUGUGAGAAGACUCCACCCACCGAUUUCCAGUGCUCUUAAUUAAGUGUUACUCUUGAUUAAUUGUGUUUGUUAAUUGUUUUUUUUUUUUUUUUUUAUAUUAUGAUUGAUGACUGAUGAAGUGUUGUUUGUUACUUGGUAAUUAAGUAGUAACUCAUCAUUUACUGCAAAUGCAGUUGUAUUUUGUAACUGUAAUUUCUAGUUCAAGUCUUGAAUGAAUUUCUAAUUUCUAAUUUUAAUUA